AUGAACGGAGUGGUCGAAGCAGCUAAUAAGAACAUUAAAAAGAUUGUGCAGAAAAUGGUUGUGACUUAUAAGGAUUCACAUGAGAUGCUUCCUUUUGCGUUGCAUGGCUAUCAUACUUCGGUACGCACUUCGACCGGGACAACCCCCUUCUCUUUAGUUUAUGGCAUGGAGGCAGUAUUGCCUGUAGAGGUUGAGUUUCCCUCUCUACGCCUGUUGACAGAUGUCGAGCUUGAUGAAGCCGAAUGGGUACAAAACCGAUUGGAUCAGUUGAACCUCAUUGAAGAGAAGAAGAUGACUGCUAUAUGUCAUGGGCAGUUAUACCAGAAGCGGAUGAAGACAGCAUUCGACCGGAAGGUUCGGCCUCAGAGCUAUCAAAGUUGGCAAGAGUAUCUGGCCGUUUCAGCUGAUUCGACGCGUUUUAAGCAGAAAACAGUGUUUUAUUGCAAGUACGAAAUUCAUAACUUUUGCUCAGAAGACUGUUCCGCAAUGGUUCUUUAUCCGUCUAUUCCGUAUCAAAUUAUUCUACGUUUCAUAUGUGGGGGGAGAAGGCUAAUUCCUUGA